GCUCCUGCUCGCUCGGGCUCCGGCUCCGGCGCCGGCUCCGGCUCCUCCCGGCCGCCCGGGGCCAGGGCGACGUGAGGUUGUAAAAAUCCAUGUGGGACGGCCCCGGGGCGAGCAUCGGAAAGUUUGGCUGUCAGUUUGGAUGUGGCAGUGGGGUCGAGCCAGAGCCUUUCCGGAGGGUAGAAGAGUUUGCCUUUAAGAUCCUCUGGAGUCAUUUUCUGGUACAGACUGUGAAAAGAAUGCAUUGAAAAUUCUGGCCAAUAGUGGAAAUAUUGGCAUAACCCCCAACUUAGUAUAGCAGUCUUUCUCUUCAGUAGCACCUCAUAAUAGAAGAAAAAUGUAUGGAAGUGCAAGAACAAUCACCAAUCUGGAAGGCAGUCCUUCCAGAUCUCCUCGUUUGCCAAGGUCUCCUCGUUUGGGCCACAGAAGAACAAGCAGUGGGGGAGGUGGAGGAACAGGCAAGACACUGUCCAUGGAGAAUAUCCAGUCCCUUAAUGCAGCCUAUGCUACAUCUGGACCUAUGUAUCUGAGUGAUCAUGAGGGGGUGGCUUCGACAACUUACCCAAAGGGCACCAUGACUCUGGGAAGGGCCACAAAUCGAGCUGUAUAUGGAGGCCGAGUCACAGCCAUGGGGAGUAGUCCCAAUAUUGCUUCUGCUGGACUUUCCCACACAGAUGUUCUUUCAUACACAGAUCAACAUGGUGGUCUGACUAGCUCAUCCCAUCAUCACCACCACCAGGUCCCUUCCAUGUUGAGGCAGGUAAGGGAUAGCACAAUGUUAGACCUUCAAGCCCAGCUCAAGGAACUUCAGAGAGAGAAUGACCUCCUCCGGAAAGAACUAGACAUCAAGGACAGCAAGUUAGGAUCUUCCAUGAACAGUAUCAAGACCUUCUGGAGUCCUGAGCUCAAAAAGGAGAGAGUCUUGAGGAAAGAAGAGGCAGCCCGAAUGUCUGUCCUCAAGGAGCAGAUGAGGGUUUCCCAUGAAGAAAAUCAGUUACUGGAUGCCAGAAGAACCAAGCACCUGCAGUUGACAAUCCAAGCCCUUCAAGAUGAGCUUCGGACCCAGAGAGACCUCAAUCACCUCCUGCAGCAAGAGAGUGGCAACCGUGGAGCUGAGCACUUCACCAUUGAGCUGACUGAGGAGAACUUCCGGCGGCUCCAAGCUGAGCAUGACAGACAAGCUAAGGAGCUGUUCCUUUUAAGGAAGACCUUGGAGGAAAUGGAGCUGAGAAUUGAAACACAGAAACAGACCCUCAAUGCCCGAGACGAAUCGAUUAAAAAGCUUCUUGAGAUGUUGCAAAGUAAAGGUUUGCCUUCUAAAAGUCUCGAGGAUGACAAUGAACGGACACGGCGGAUGGCAGAGGCUGAGUCUCAAGUCAGCCACUUAGAAGUGAUUUUAGACCAGAAAGAGAAGGAAAACAUACAUCUUAGAGAGGAAUUGCACCGAAGGAGCCAACUUCAGCCGGAGCCAGCAAAGACGAAGGCUCUCCAGACUGUCAUUGAAAUGAAGGACACAAAAAUCGCUUCAUUGGAGCGAAACAUAAGGGAUCUGGAGGAUGAGAUCCAGAUGUUAAAAGCCAAUGGUGUGCUGAACACUGAGGACCGCGAAGAAGAGAUCAAACAAAUAGAGGUUUACAAAAGUCACUCCAAGUUCAUGAAAACCAAGAUUGAUCAACUGAAGCAGGAACUUUCAAAGAAGGAGUCAGAACUUCUUGCCUUACAAACAAAGCUUGAAACCCUUAGCAAUCAAAAUUCAGAUUGCAAGCAACACAUUGAAGUGCUUAAAGAGUCGCUUACUGCCAAAGAACAGAGGGCUGCCAUCCUUCAGACCGAGGUGGAUGCACUGAGGUUACGAUUGGAGGAGAAAGAAUCUUUUCUCAAUAAAAAAACAAAACAGCUGCAGGACCUAACGGAAGAGAAGGGGACACUGGCUGGAGAGAUUCGAGACAUGAAGGAUAUGUUAGAAGUGAAGGAAAGAAAAAUCAAUGUUCUUCAGAAGAAGAUUGAAAACUUGCAAGAACAGCUUAGAGAUAAAGACAAACAACUAACCAACCUGAAAGACAGAGUAAAGUCCUUGCAGACGGAUUCCAGUAAUACGGAUACUGCACUAGCAACACUCGAAGAGGCUUUGUCAGAAAAGGAGAGAAUAAUUGAGCGUUUGAAAGAACAGCGGGAAAGAGAUGAUCGGGAAAGACUAGAAGAGAUAGAAUCUUUCCGAAAAGAGAACAAAGAUCUGAAAGAGAAGGUCAAUGCUUUACAAGCUGAACUGACUGAAAAAGAGUCUAGUUUAAUUGACCUCAAGGAACAUGCAUCUUCAUUAGCCUCAGCAGGACUGAAAAGGGACUCCAAAUUAAAAUCUCUAGAAAUAGCCAUUGAACAAAAGAAAGAAGAAUGUAGCAAAUUGGAAGCACAGUUAAAAAAGCAAGCUGAGCAGUUGUUCAAUCAGAUGUACAAUCCAGCUCAUAAUGUUGAAGAUGACUCCAGGAUGAACCCCGAGUUUGCAGACCGAAUAAAACAACUUGAUAAAGAGGCAUCUUACUACCGUGAUGAGUGUGGCAAGGCCCAAGCGGAAGUUGACCGGUUGCUGGAGAUCCUCAAGGAGGUGGAGAAUGAAAAGAAUGACAAGGACAAGAAGAUUGCAGAACUUGAGAGCUUGACUCUCAGGCAUAUGAAGGAUCAGAAUAAGAAGGUGGCCAACCUCAAGCACAAUCAACAGUUGGAAAAGAAGAAAAAUGCCCAAUUACUGGAAGAAGUCCGCAGGCGAGAAGAUAGCAUGGCUGACAACUCACAGCAUUUGCAGAUAGAGGAACUGAUGAAUGCAUUGGAGAAGACCCGACAGGAACUGGAUGCCACCAAGGCACGCCUGGCCUCCACGCAGCAGUCUCUGGCUGAAAAAGAAGCGCAUUUAGCCAACCUCCGGAUAGAAAGGAGAAAACAGCUGGAGGAGAUCCUGGAGAUGAAACAGGAAGCGCUGCUUGCGGCAAUCAGUGAAAAAGAUGCAAAUAUUGCCUUGCUGGAAUUGUCUGCUUCCAAAAAGAAAAAGACGCAGGAAGAAGUUAUGGCCCUCAAGCGGGAAAAAGAUCGACUCGUGCAUCAGUUAAAGCAGCAGGUAUAUAGACCUAGGAAACAGCCCCUGAGCUCGAAUAUACCAUGCACUUGUGAUGCUGGCUACAGCCCAGAUAUUACGGCCAAGUACCACGGGUCCAGCUACGAUGCAUACAUGAUCCAAAGGUCUCAGACCCAGAACAGAAUGAAGCUGAUGGCGGAUAACUACGAUGAGGACCACCAUCACCACCAUCACCACCACCGAUCUCCUGGGAGGUCGCAACAUUCCAAUCACAGGCCCUCUCCCGACCAGGAUGACGAGGAGGGCAUAUGGGCAUAGCCGGGCCUGUAAACCAAAGUUCCAGUUUUGUUUUGAGGGAUGAUCCAGCUCUGUCGGAGGCAUGGAGGCACAGUCAAAUCUCAUGCUGUACAUUGAUCACCUGUCCAACCUUUGCCUAGAGUGGGAGCCCCCAGUUCCUUCAAGAGAUCCAACUUUACCUGUCUGUAAAGAAGAAGAGGAGGAGGGAGACAGCGGGGAGGAUCCGGUGGCAGUUUAACACCAGAGCAGGUCCAAUGUUUACUUUUACCCUUUUGGAGGUGGGUACCUGCAAACACCACGGGGAGCUGGGUUUCAACGAGAAACCUGCACAAUGAUCUUGGAUUUGGGGGCUCACACAUACUUUAUUUUUUGCUAGCAUGUACAGUUGCUGUUUUUGUAUU